UUCCUCCGCUUUCUUUUUCUUCUCUUCAGAAACCUGCAAAUCCCGAACCCCCUAAUUUAAUCUCUCCGGUUCGGUACGGUUCGGUUUGGCCCGGUUCGGUUCCUUCCACCAACGGCAAUGACCAGCACCAGCACCUUCGCGGACCACAAACUCUGCGGUUUCCUCUGUGCGGUUCUCACAGUCAAUAAUCAGAGCGACGACGCCCCACGCUUCGGCGAGCGCUGCGAGGUCUUCGGCGACGGCGGCGAGGUCGGUUUCCGGACCCGAAGCGGCGUCGUUUUGGGUGCGCUCGAUUCGCCGCAAUGCGGAGGCUCCAAAUCGAAGCGCACGAACAAGAUCGGGAUGGUGAACGGGAGCGUGAGCGUGGUUCACCAGCUCGACGCUAUGGUCACCCGCAAGUGCACCGAAAUCGAUGCUCGCGUCGUGUGCGUUGACGCGCCUAGGGUUGUGCUCCUCGUUGACGUGUAUCUCCCAAUUCAGGUCUGGAGCGGCUGGCAGUUUCCGCGAUCCGGGGCCGUCGCCGGCGCCGUUUUUCGCCAUUUGAGCUGUGAUUGGGAUGAGAGAAGUUCAAUGCUUUCAUCUCCAGACUAUUGUAGGAAGGUUUGUGCAGCUAAUGAAAAGAUUUCAAACCUUUCUGAUUGUCAUGUACUUGGCUGCACGCUUCAUUCCCGUGCGAGCAGUUCCUCAAAGAAAACACUAUUUGAACUUCAUGAAAUUUUUAAGACACUGCCUGGUGUAGGAAAACGGGAGAUGACUGAUAGUCCCAAGAUAAUGCCAAUAGAAAACAGUGGUGAAUUAGGCAUUUGGUCGAUACCUGAUGACAUUUUGACUAAAAUUUUAGCUUCCCUGGGUCCGAUGGACCUCACAAGGGUUUCUGCAACAUGUCGUCAUCUAAGAUCCUUGGCUGCUUCAGUAAUGCCGUGUACAAAGUUAAAUCUGUUUCCUCAUCAGCGGACAGCAGUUGAGUGGAUGCUGCAUCGCGAGCGGGGUGCUGAGCUUUUGCCACAUCCUUUAUUUGUACCUCUCUCAACUGAUGAUGGCUUUAGUUUCCAUGUAAAUACUGUAUCAGGUGAAAUUGUCACUGGGGAAGCUCCAACUGUCAAGGAUUUUCGUGGAGGAAUGUUUUGUGAUGAGCCUGGAUUGGGUAAGACUGUAACAGCUCUCUCUCUUAUUAUGAAGACACGAGGUUCAUUGGCUGAUCCACCAGAUGGGGCACAGCUAGUCUGGUGUCAACAUAAUGGUAAUCAGAACUGUGGUUAUUAUGAGAUCAGUGGUAAUAACAUCACUGGUUGUACUACCUUGGGUAAAAGGGAUGGGUGCCAAGAUGUCAGUAGAACUAAUGAUAACCAUGAUAGUUCCUCCAAAAGAGUGAGAUUGACAGAUCCAGAGCAGCAAAUCACUACACUUCAUGGUUCAUGUCUCCUGGAAGAAAACAAAUCACCUGUAGCUGCAUCCUUUAAGGAAUCAAUGCAUUCAAAUCGGCUCACUAGGAGUUUGAGUUGCAUAAAGAAAAACCUACUUUUCACUUAUGAUGAGGAAGCUAUGAAUUCCAAGGAAAAAGAAUUUGGUGAAGGAUUAGUUAAAGCAAAGCAUGCAUCAGAGACUGCAUCUCUUGCAUCUCAAAACAAGCUAGUUAGUGCUUCUUAUGGAUGUGGACAGAGUUACAAGUUGCCUAGGAAGACUAAAGGUGAUGGUUUGGAGUACAGUGAUACAUGGAUUCAGUGUGAUGCAUGUCACAAGUGGCGAAAGCUUGAAGACAAUAGUAUGGCUAAUUCUAGCUCAGCAUGGUUCUGUAGUAUGAACACUGAUCCUUUCUAUCAAAGUUGUAGUGUCCCUGAACAAAAUUUUUCUCAUAGCUGUGAGAUAACACACUUCCCAGGGUUUCACUUGAAAGGAACUUGUGGUGGUGAGAAACAAAAUGUUUCUUUUUUCACUAACGUGCUUAAGGAGCACUACUCCAUGAUAGAUGUGCGAACAAGGAAGGCCCUCACAUGGUUGGCUAAAAUUCCGACAUACAAGCUUGCAGGAAUGGAAGCAAAUGGCAUAAGGGGUCCUAUUUUAGACAAUUGUUCUGCACCUAAUGGACAUUGCAAUGCAUUUCACAAAAUAUUUCAAGCAUUUGGCCUCCUAAAGAGAGUAGAGAAAGGUGUGUGCAAGUGGUACUACCCACAAAAUCUUAACAAUUUGACUUUUGAUGUGGCUGCCCUUGGCAUGGCUCUCUGUGAGCCACUAGAUUUUGUUAGGUUAUACUUGUCAAGAGCUACCCUGGUAGUUGUUCCAGCAAACUUGGUUGAUCAUUGGAAAACACAAAUAGAAAAGCAUGUCAGUCCUGGUCAAUUGCGGGUUUAUGUUUGGACCGAUCAUCGGAAGCCUUCUGUGCAUUGUCUUGCAUGGGAUUAUGAUGUUGUGAUCACUACUUUUAGCCGUUUGAGUGCAGAAUGGGGCCCACGCAAGAGGAGUGUUUUGAUGCAAGUGCACUGGUUUAGGAUAAUUUUAGAUGAGGGGCACACUCUUGGGUCAAGCCUGAACUUAACAAACAAGUUGCAAAUGGCUAUUUCAUUGAUAGCUUCAAACCGAUGGAUACUAACAGGAACUCCAACACCGAACACUCCUAACAGCCAACUUCCACAUCUACAACCAUUGCUAAGGUUCCUUCAUGAAGAAGCUUAUGGACUGAAUCAAAAGUCAUGGGAAGCUGGUGUGCUUAGGCCAUUUGAAGCAGAGAUGGAGGAAGGAAGGUCUCGUUUGUUAUGUUUACUUCAUAAAUGCAUGAUUAGUGCUAGAAAGACAGAUUUACAAAGCAUUCCAGAAUGCAUCAAGAAAGUUGUUUAUCUAGAUUUUAAUGAGGAGCAUGCUAGAAGUUACAAUGAAUUGGUACUCACUGUACGACGUAAUAUAUUAAUGGCUGAUUGGAAUGAUCCUUCCCAUGUUGAGAGUCUACUGAAUCCAAAACAGUGGAAAUUUCGUAGUGCAACUUUAAAAAAUGUCAGGCUUUCAUGCUGUGUUUCUGGACAUAUUAAAGUUACACAUGCUGGAGAAGAUAUUCAAGAAACAAUGGACAUGCUAGCACAAAGUGGUCUAGAUCCUACUUCAGGAGAGUAUAGCUCCAUAAGAUUUAUUCUCUUGUAUGGUGGUCACUGUGUCAGGUGCAAGGAAUGGUGCCGCCUUCCGCUUGUUACACCAUGUCGGCAUCUGUUGUGCCUUGAUUGUGUUUCUAUAGACAAUACAAAGUGUACUUAUCCUGGCUGUGGUAAAUUGUAUGAGAUGCAGAGUAGAUUGGCCAGACCUGAAAAUCCUAACCCAAAGUGGCCUGUACCCAAAGAUCUUAUUGAGCUACAACCUUCAUAUAAGCAGGAUAAUUGGGAUCCUGAUUGGCAAUCUACAUCUAGUAGUAAAGUCUCCUAUCUCGUCCAGAGGUUGAAAGCUUUGCGUGGAACUGAUGAAGGAACAAACUUGAAUGCUGACAAUAGCAAUGAAGCGAUGCAUAUUGAGAAAGGUGUCAGAAAUGUUCAGAAAUAUUCUAUGAGCAGCACAAAGACCAAUUUGAACCCUGAGAAAGUUCUGAUAUUUUCUCAAUUUCUGGAGCACAUACAUGUCAUUGAACAGCAGUUGACUGUUGCUGGUAUCAAAUACACUGGAAUGUAUAGCCCAAUGCAUUCCAGCAACAAGAAAAAGUCACUAGCCAUGUUCCAGCAUGAUUCAAGUUGUAUGGCUCUUGUGAUGGAUGGAAGUGCUGCAUUGGGUCUUGACUUGAGUUUUGUUACGCAUGUAUUUCUAAUGGAGCCAAUUUGGGACAGAAGUAUGGAGGAGCAAGUAAUUAGUCGAGCUCAUCGCAUGGGUGCUUCUCGUCCUAUUCAUGUGGAAACAUUAGCAAUGCGUGGUACCAUUGAAGAGCAAAUGCUGGACUUUUUACAGAAUGCUGAUAAAUAUAGAAGAUCACCAAUUAAGGAUGCGGCUGAAUCUGAAGAUGAUAGCAGGGGACGAGGCUACAGAUCAUUGCAUGAUUUUGCUGAAAGCAGUUAUCUACUGAAACUUAGAUUUGUGUAUACUAAUUCAGAAAGUCUAGAAGGUGUUUGAUUGAUCAACAUCAAGCAAGUACUGACUAAUUUACUUUGAGCAAGUUCUGUGGACAUCCUGAAAGUUUGCAUGCUCUUGAAUAUGGUAUUAUUACUUUUUCCAUAUAUAGUCUUAAGGUGCUCAUCUAAUGAUGAGAGAUGGUUCCAGAUGCAUUAGAGCUUAGAAACUAUUCUUUUUGUAAAACAUUUUUUGGCUAUUUGCAGCAUCUCUUCUGCUUGCAUGUAAUUAAUGAGAUACUAGAAGGAUGCCUGCUUAUUCUUUUGUAAAGGGUUAAGUGUAGUUGAUUUGAUGAUCAAGUAGGCACAGUUUAGAGUCAAGAAUUUGAAUUGAAAUUGAUUGUUUGGAUUAUUGGAAAAAAAUAAAUGUUGCCCCCCGCCCUUGCUCUCAGCAGUAGAUAAUA